AUGAAAGUCAUUUCAACCAAGAAGUUUAUUCUGUUUGCUUUAGCUACAGUGGUCUUUCUCACAUCAAACAGCAUGUGCCUAAAUGAAGCAAUGAAGUCCAGGCUGCAGAGCAGAGAAGACAAUGAUGAUAAAGAUUAUGAGAUUAAAGAUAAUAUUUUGGAAGAAAAGCAGAGGAGUCUCAAUUUUGAAGAAAUGGAAGACUGGGCAUCAAAAGAUAUCAUCAAAAUGAACCCUUUUACAGCAAGCAAGAUGCCAAAUUCAGUUGCUAAUUUACCUCUUAGAUUUGGAAGAAAUUAUCCAGAAGAAAGAAGCAUUAAACCAUUUUCAAAUUUGCCCCUGAGAUUUGGAAGAGCUUUUGGAGAGAACAUACCUAAUCAUUCUCCAAGGGUAUCACACAGGCUUGAGAGAUCUCCACUUGUUAAAGGUUCCAGUCAAUCACUUCUAAAUUUGCCACAGAGAUUUGGGAAGUCACUGGCUGUCAAUCUGCCUCGAGACGUUCAGGAAUUCGAACCAGGUAAUGCUACACAAGUGUUGAAGCCCCAUAUUAAAAUGCAUAUUAAAUCAUAG